CGGGCUCAGGACUCGUGUAUGGCAAGUUUUCUUGCAGAGCUUCCGGCUCGCUGGAAGCGGGAGGCUCGAGCUUCACUUCCUGCUUAAGCCGGUUCCGGCAGUUGUUGGUGUUGCGGCUCCCGGGAGACCGGGAGGCUUCUCUUGUCUCUCUCGUGAGCGCGCCGCCGACCAGCCAUGAAAAUCACGCGGCAGAAGCACGCGAAGAAGCAUCUCGGCUUUUUCCGCUACAACUUCGGCGUCCGGGAGCCGUACCAGCUGCUGCUGGACGGCACCUUUUGUCAGGCGGCGUUGCGGGGCCGCAUCCAACUCCGCGAGCAGCUGCCCCGCUACCUUAUGGGAGACACUCAACUCUGCACCACCAGAUGUGUAUUAAAGGAAUUAGAAUCAUUGGGGAAGGAGUUAUAUGGUGCAAAACUAAUUGCACAAAGAUGUCAGGUUCGAAGUUGUUCACAUUUCAAAGAUGCAGUCAGUGGUGCUGAAUGUCUCUUGUCCAUGAUUGAAGAUGGAAAUCCUCACCAUUUUUUUGUUGCAACACAGGACCAAAAUCUGUCUCUUCAAAUAAAGAAAAAACCUGGAGUUCCUCUCUUGUUUAUCAUUCAGAACACUGUUGUUUUGGAUAAACCUUCUCCCAAAACAAUUGCCUUUGUCAAAGCAACAGAAUCAGGUCAUCUUUUCUCUGUCCACCAAAAACAGAACAUUAAGAAACUCAAAGAAGAACAAGGUCUAGUGAAAACCCCUGAACCAAAAAAGAAAAGAAAACGCAAAGGUGUGAGUGGUCCCAAUCCUCUUAGCUGUCUGAAGAAAAAGAAGAAGGUGCAAGAUUCAAAUCAGUCUUCUGCCCCUGAAAAGAAAAGAAGAAAAAGAAUUCGUAACAGAAAUAGAGUGAAAGCACUUUCUGUGCCAUCAGUGAGGCAGAGCGAAGAAGUACAGAGCAACUCUGUGCAUUAACUGAACUGGAAAACUUUUAGGGACUGACUAAACUUCAUUUCUAAAGCAAAAUAAAUAAAGUUUAUGAUUUGUGUCAA